AUGAAAGAUAAUUGUCCCUGCACCAUCAUCGGCCUCCGCUUAGGAGGCUUAAGUGAGGACCUUCCACGCCACUGCUGUCACAUCUGCACCUCGGGCCACUGCUGUCACAUCUGCACCUCAGGCUACUGCUGUCACAUCUGCACCUCGGGCUACUGCUGUCACAUCUGCACCUCAGGCUACUACUGUCACAUCUGCAUCUCAGGCCACUGCUGUCACAUCUGCACCUCGGGCCACUGCUGUCACAUCUGCACCUCAGGCUACUGCUGUCACAUCUGCACCUCAGGCCACUGCUGUCACAUCUACAUCUCAGGCUACUGCUGUCACAUCUGCACCUCAGGCUACUGCUGUCACAUCUGCACCUCAGGCUACUGCUGUCACAUCUGCAUCUCAGGCCACUGCUGUCACAUCUGCAUCUCAGGCCACUGCUGUCACAUCUGCAUCUCGGGCUACUGCUGUCACAUCUGCACCUCAGGCUACUGCUGUCACAUCUGCACCUCGGGCCACUGCUGUCACAUCUGCACCUCGGGCCACUGCUGUCACAUCUGCAUCUCAGGCCACUGCUGUCACAUCUGCAUCUCGGGCUACUGCUGUCACAUCUGCACCUCAGGCCACUGCUGUCACAUCUGCACCUCAGGCCACUGCUGUCACAUCUGCAUCUCAGGCCACUGCUGUCACAUCUGCAUCUCGGGCUACUGCUGUCACAUCUGCACCUCAGGCCACUGCUGUCACAUCUACAUCUCAGGCUACUGCUGUCACAUCUGCACCUCAGGCUACUGCUGUCACAUCUGCACCUCAGGCUACUGCUGUCACAUCUGCAUCUCAGGCCACUGCUGUCACAUCUGCAUCUCAGGCCACUGCUGUCACAUCUGCAUCUCGGGCUACUGCUGUCACAUCUGCACCUCAGGCUACUGCUGUCACAUCUGCACCUCGGGCCACUGCUGUCACAUCUGCACCUCGGGCCACUGCUGUCACAUCUGCAUCUCAGGCCACUGCUGUCACAUCUGCAUCUCGGGCUACUGCUGUCACAUCUGCACCUCAGGCUACUGCUGUCACAUCUGCAUCUCAGGCCACUGCUGUCACAUCUGCAUCUCAGGCCACUGCUAUCACAUCUGCAUCUCGGGCUACUGCUGUCACAUCUGCAUCUCAGGCAGAUAG